AUGGCGGCUUCUUGCCCUCUCCCCAGGACUCAGGACUUGCCCACGUUGCGUGCGAAGUUGCGGGAACUACUGCGGUUUCUGAGGGAAGCCCUGUCCAUUUCCAAUGCACAUACGGUGGACUUCUACACAGAGUCCGUGUGGGAGGAGCUCGUGGACUUAUCCCCCGAGACGGUGCUGGCAACGCUCAGGAGGUCGGCGGCGGAAACCGAGCUCCGGCCUUCGGAGGCGCGCCCCCUGGUGGAAGCAGAGAAGGGAUCAGGCAUUACUGAUUUCCCCAAAAUAUUUUGUGAAACUUCUCAGAAGCUGGUGAAUGUGGAAGCCUUUGCUCAGGCUGCAAAAUAUUAUUCUGUACAGAAUUUGGGAGUAUGUACUCCUUUUGAACAGUUGCUUGCAGCCCUUCAAGGAAACCAAAAGCAGAGAACUGGUCAAAAUAUGAAGCCCGUUGACUUUAUGAAUAUGAAAAAGUCUCAUGAAGUUCAGGCCAUGUCAGAGCUAGUCAGUAGUAUUGCUGAUUACUAUGGAAUAAAGCAGGUAAUUGACUUGGGUUCUGGUAAAGGCUACCUAAGCUCCUUUUUGUCUUUGAAGUAUGGCUUAAAAGUUUAUGGAAUUGAUUCAUCAAAUACCAAUACUCAUGGGGCUGAGGAGAGAAACAGGAAAUUGAAGAAACAUUGGAAGCUCCAUCAUUCUCAGCCAAGAUUAGAUGUCAAUGGACUGGCCUUAAAAAUGGCAAAAGAAAAGAAAAUGCAAAGUGAAAUUAAAUAUAAGGCAGAUAUUGAGAAAGUAUAUAGCAACAGUCCUACAGAUCAAGGAAAGAUGUUUGCAUCAGAUUUGUUGCCAGAUUUUUCAGGCUCUAUAAUUUCUAAUAUCAGAAAACAAAUGGAAAGCCUACAUGUUCAGCCACAUCGAGAAGAAAAUUUGUGUUUUGAAACUGCCUUUUCUCUGAUAGAUCUUUUACCUAUUAAUGGCAUAGAGCCAAUUUCUUCAUUGCAAAUAUGCAAGAGGGAAAUGCCUGAAGCAACUAAAGAGAGAAGAAAAACCAUAUCGAAGUCAAGUGAAUCAAAUAUAUAUUCACCUCUAACCUGUUUUAUCACGGCUGAUUCUGAACUACAUGAUAUUAUUAAAGAUCUGGAGGAUUGUUUGAUGGUGGGUCUACAUACUUGUGGUGACCUUGCUCCAAAUACUCUGCGAAUAUUUACUUCCAAGUCUGAAAUCAAGGGAGUGUGCAGUGUGGGUUGUUGCUACCACCUUUUAUCUGAAGAGUUUGAAAACCAGCAUAAAGAAUUUUCUCAGGAAAAAUGGGGAUUUCCAAUGUGCCAGUAUUUAAAGGAAGAAAGAUGGUGCUGUGGUCGUAAUGCCAGAAUGUCAGCAUGUUUGGCAUUGGAACGAGUUGAAGUUGGCCAAGGGCUGCCUACUGAAUCACUCUUCUAUCGUGCUGUUCUUCAGGAUAUUAUUAAAGAUUGUUAUGGCAUCACCAAAUGUGAUCGGCAUGUGGGUAAAAUUUAUUCCAAAUGUUCGUCCUUUCUGGAUUAUGUCAAGAAGUCUCUAAAGAAGCUUGGAUUAGAUGAAUCUAAGCUGCCAGAAAAAGUCAUAAUGGAUUACUACGAAAAGUAUAAGCCUAGAAUGAAUGAGCUGGAAGCUUUUAAUAUGUUGAAAGUUGUCCUGGCUCCUUGUAUAGAAACAUUAAUUCUUCUGGAUCGACUUUGCUACCUGAAAGAGCAGGAAGAUCUUGCAUGGUCUGCACUUGUGAAGUUGUUUGAUCCUGUGAAAUCUCCCAGAUGUUAUGCUGUUAUCGCUCUGAAGAAGCAGCAAUGAUUUCAGUCGAAGCAGGUUAUUAGAUGUCUCUGUUUAUGGGACCUAUUGCUAAUACUGCCUUUCUAAGCAUUUAUGUGCUGUUAUGUAAAUAUUUAAAAAUAAUUGCUAUAUAUUUUAAAUAAACAAUAAAAUAAUGGCUAACAACAGAAGGUCAUAAUCCAUUUUUCCAUUUCCAUUGUCAAAGCAUACAUACAUAAAAUGAGAACCAUGAAAAUAUUAUAAAAGGGUUGAUCUACAUUCCUGAGUUAGUAUGUCAAUAGGACAUUGUAAUCUGAGUCUUAAUUCCUUUUCAAUGUUUGUAACCUUUAAUAUUUGCUACAUAUGACAUUUUCACUUGGCUUCAAAACAGAUGAAAGUUGCAGGUAUAGGUACAGUCAGAUUAGUUGUUGCUGCAGAUCAUGUGCAUCUUCCUCCACAUUUUAGAAGAAUUUUUUGUUACCAAGUAGAAAAAAUAUACAUUUAAAGGGAAGAAAUACCCAGGAACUGGGCCAGAUAUAAAAAGUACCUAAUAUAAAGCACAUUUUUUAGUAUGUUUUAAUCUAUGUUACAUGAGGUAAAAGUCUAUGCCUUAAAGGAAUAUGCAUUUUAUAAAUGAGAUAUUCACAUUAAGGAUUCUUGGGACUAUUUAUCUUACUAAAAUAAAGUGAUGGAUUGUAACUUAAUAGAACUACCAUGCACUCUAUAAAAUGCCACAUUGAGUAAAUUAAGACUGAAUGUAAAGAAGCAGUACCCUGUCCACUGCAGAACAAUUUUCUUUGAUUAGCAAAAAGUUUGAGGUUUCUAAUGCAUGGAGAAAAGAUGGACAAUUGGAAUAAAGCUUUCUUAAUACUCAGGUAAAUAGACUCUAAAACUCUCCAAAGCAGGACCAGCCCUGUAGUGCAGCAGUUAAAAGCUGUGCAUAGAAAGCUGGACCCCAUGCACACACAUCUUGAAGGGAUGGAGAAAUGGAAAAAGAAUGUGGGAAGAUCACGCUCUGUUACAGGGGUGCUUUCUUUCUCUCUUCGUCUCUGUCUUUUGCUCUCUGGUAAAAAUACUUGUCUCUGGCAAUA